GAAGCCCUUGCCUCAGCAGGUCUCUCUCCAAUAGAACUUGAAGAUCUGCGAUUCUCGCAUCUGAAAAAUUGAUUAUUCUCAUCGUCCAUCGCGGGAGCUAAUGUGUAUAUGUCGAUUUCCCGUCACAAAUAAACGACAUUUACUGACUAAAAAGUUCAGAAAAGCAUAGAACAAGAGAAUCGGCCUUAUUAAAGAGAAAGCGUCAAAAGGUAGAUUUUUCACGAAGAACUUCUACAACAAAAUACGCAACGAAACAUACUUACCACAUACAGAUCUCAUCUAGAGAACGAAGGUACAUUUACAGAUCUCUGUAGAAGGACAAAUCAACAAGAUGCCGUCUUUCGCUCGCCCUUUAAUGGCUGUGUACGCCGACAAGAAGGGUGCUUGGUUGCCUACUAAACAUCUUGAAGAUUCUGAAGAAUUAAGGCCACUCCUGUUGUAAAUCCAUCCUUCCACGUAGCAUCGAUCCAUCCAUCCUAUCAACACUUACGUCCGCUGCGUAGCGUAAGCAUUUAAUAGUAUCCUCUUCUAGAGGUAGUCGCUUUCUACUACUUGCAGGAACAUCAAUGAGUGACAUCACUUAGCACGCCCCUGUCAGAUAAGAUAGACUCACUUCAUCUGAAGAGUACCAAAAAAGAUGGGUUUUGAGUUUGAUUGACGUUAGCUACAACCUCUAAUAAAACAAGGCAUCAUGCUGCGCAAUUUUGCAAGCGAAGAUCCUUUGGAUAACUAUCAUGGUGUUGCGAUGAAACAAAACGGCAUGCGAGAAUUUAUGAAGAUUAUAGUUGGCUGCUCAGCUCCUGGCUGUGGUUUUCACUUUCAGGACUUUGUAUUUGUUUCUGUUGUCAGCACUGUCAGGAGUUUGAUUCAUUCAUCAGUUGAACAGAAGAUAUAGAGGAUCCUUUCCCCUGAUGAAGAUGACACACCCCCAAGCAAAUCCUCCUCCAUCUUUCACAGGGUGCCGCAGUUUGCCGCUUCGUGUGAUGAGUUAUCUCAUUCGCCAACUCACCUCGAUUUUUGGCACUCGUGGAGCGCAGGCAGCCUUCGUAUUUCUGCUGAUUGGGACAGCUUGCAUUUUGACCGCUGUUAUUACUUUAUGGACAUCGGUGGGUUUUUAUUGCUAGUAGUGAAUCAUCAACAUUGUCCUCCUAAAAAGUUUGAGGAACUCUACGUUUCAGUUUCUCCACUUUUUUUGAACAGCAUUCUACUUGAAGGCACAUUUACAGUGUGUUUACCGGGCGCAGCACGUCACUUUCUUAAACAGCAUUGAUCUUCUUUAUCUGUAUCUUAAUCUUAAUCUUAAUCUUAAUCUUAAUCUUAAUCUUCAUCUUCAUCUUCAUCUUCAUCUUCAUCCAAAAUACACUCCACACCACAACCAUCAUCUAAUCCCUUCUCUGGGUUCUUUUUUGCAUGUGCAACCGAUGGUGGAGACAUCCAAUGGUAAGAACUCGGCGAAGACUCGCUAUUACAAUGGCUACAGCAAUGCCUUCCUGCAGACAAUGGAGGCGACUCAAGUGACUCAGAAGGAAAACAAGGUGGCGACGCAGAAAGAGAGCAAAGUCGAGGAGGCUCAGAAAGAGAGGAAAGUGGAGACGCAGAAGGAGAGCAAAGUCGAGGAGGCUCAGAAGGAAAAAGUGGAGAACAAGGUGGAGACCACUCAGAAGGAGAACAAGGUGGCGACGCAGAAGGAAAACAAGGUGGCGACGCAGAAGGAACAGAUGGCGACGCAGAAGGAGAACAAGGUGGCGACGCAGAAGGAAAACAAGGUGGCGACGCAGAAGAAAAAUAAGUUGGCUACACAGGUGCUUAUGCAGAUGUACAUAAUCUCAUAUUCAUAGCAAAGAUACCAUGGAUAAAAACCUAAGAAAAAUCAACAGACCACUAAAUAAAGGGGGUGAGGUGAAUUAUAAUAUAUAUAAUCACCCGUCUACUAGUACUCAAGUGAAGGGGAUGCAGCAUCUCCUGAUUUAGAACGAGGGAAAUUGCUCCUCCGGAUCCAACGUGGCGAGGCGUGUUCCCUAGGGGAACACCCUCGCCGCCGUCUUCUCUUUUGGUUUGUGCGGUUGUUCAUUUGAAAAACUUGUAACAGUGUCGCUCGUUUUUUUUUAUGAAAGAACUGAGGGCGGAGCCCCCCGCCAUGUCCGUGCUUGUUGGUGCGCGGGCAAAUGGUGCGGCAGGGUUUUUUUUUUGGUGGUCUUUCUUUUUCGCUGUCGCCUCGGCGUGGUCGGUUUUUUUUGCCGUUUCCAGUUUUGGGGCGCUCGCCGUAUCGGUCGGCGCGGUGCCUGGGCUGAAGGCGUCUGUGCAUCGCCUCGCCCCGGGGGAGGCGCGCUUGUGGUCGUGUGUUCCCUUUUUCGUGUUGUAGGUUCUCCAGUUGCUGGGCUGUUUGCUUCUCUCCCAUUUUCAAUAUGGUGAGGGAGCGCGCUGCCCCGCAAAGUGAGCUGUUUGGCUUUCAUUCGCACAGCCUCGCUCGCAGUCUACUGCCGCCCCUGCAGGCUUCCGCCUUGCGGGGCAGGGCUGCCGCCUCGCAAGUAGCCCGGGCGGCUUGUCUCGUGGCCCAGGCUUUGGGCGCGCCCGGGCCGGGGACGGGUGUGCCUUAGCUGGGGGCGGUGACAAGCCUUGCCUGUGCCGGGGGUGUGCCCGAGCGAGCCGGAGGGGAGCCCGGGCCCGGGGUUAGCUUGAGCUGGGGGCGAGCGCGAGCCGGGGGUGAACCUGAGCCGGGGGCGAGCCGAAGCCGAGGGUCGGUGAGCUCGAGACGGGGGUGGGCCCAGGCUGGUGGCGAGCCCCCGCCCGGGGGGAGCCUGAGCCGAUGGCAAGCGGGAGCCCUUGGGGCGAGCCAUAGCCGGGGCCUGGGGCGAGCCCGAGCCGAGGGUGAGCAGCCCGUGCCGGUGACAGGCCUGGGACGGGGGCAUGGCAAGCCUGAGCCGCUGGCGAGCUCGAGCGGGGAGCGAGCGGGACCCCGGGGUGAGCCCGGGCCGGGGGGUGGGCCCGAGCUGGGGGAGGGUGAGCCCGGGCGGAGGGUGGCGAACCCGGGCAUCGGGUUAGCCGGUGCGGGGGGGGAGCUCGAGAGGGCGCCGGCCCCGCAAGCUUGGGCUGGAGCCUCGCGGGCCCGCGCGGCUGGGCGCCUUGCAAUGCAGGCAUGAGCGCAGCCAGCGCCCAGGGGCCGCCCCGCGAGCGCAAUCCGGCGCCCCGCGGGCCCGGGCCCCCGCCGCGGAAAGGGGCUCCCGCCGCGUAAUCUUGAUGAUCCAUCUUGAAAGAGUCCGCCACGUUGGCCGAAACUGGCGUCCCGCGAGCCUGAGGGGGAGCCCGGUGAGCCGGGGCCGGCGCCCCGCGAGCCUGGGCCGGCGCCCCGUGAGCCUGGGCGGGCGCCCCGCGAGCCCGGCGCGCCGCACGCUCGACUUGGCGCUCCGCUUGCUUGAGCUGGCACCCCUGGAGCUUGCGUUGCUUCCCUGCAAGCCCGAGAUGGCGCCCCGCCGCAAGCAUGAGCGGCCGGUGCCUCGCGGCGAAGGAGCCUGGUCUGGCGCUCCGCGAGGAAGCCCGAUUGCGCUCGGGGGCCACGCGAGCCCGAGCGGGCGCCGCGUGAGCCCAAGCUGGCGCCUCGCGAGCUUGAGCCCGCCUGCGCCCCGCGAGCCCGGGGCCGGCGCCCCGCGAGCGAGCCCAAGCCGGCGCCCCGCCCGCGAGCCCGGGCUGGCGCCCCGCGAGCCCGACUGAGCCGGCGCCCCGCGAGCCCGAGCCGGCGCCCCGCGAGCCCGAGCAGGCGUCCCUCGGGCCCAAGCGGGCGCCCCGCGAGCGUAAGCGGGCGCCCCGCGAGCCUGAGCUGGCGCUCCGUGGGCCUGAGCCGGCGCCUUGCGAGCCCAAGCCGGCGCCCCGCAGGCUCGAGCUUGAGGGAGCUCCGCGCGCGAGCCCGAGCGGGCCCCGCGAUCUUGGGCCCCCCGAGUGGGCCUCGUGAGCUUGAGCCCGGGCUGGCCCCGUGGGCCUGUUCCUGAGCUAACCCCGCGAGCUUGGGCCCGAGCGGGCCCCGCGAGCCUGAGCCGGCCCCGCGGGCCCGUGCCUGAGCCGCCCCCGCGAGCCUGUGCCCGAGCCGGCUCCGCGAGCCCGAGCCGGCGCCUGCCCCGCGAGCGCACCCCCCGUGUCAUUACGCGCGCGCGCGUAACGGAACAAGGACUGGGGCUAAGCUCAGUGGCAGAGGAACAAGCUAGCUGGAGGACCAGACGACAACAUCGGAGACGAGGUAGUGGAUAAGACGCCUGUGGGUCCGAAUGAUGGAAACAUGCCACCGCAAGCCGAUGCUGUAACGAUGUAAAGAAUUGCAGGGGUCAAUGGGUUUUCUCGGUCGUUGGAGUGAGACAUGGUCAAAGUUUAGUACUAGGUUCUUAUCCAAACUGUAAAGCCCUUUGACGUCUUACAAGAAGGCAUACCUCAUCAUCUAAUAUUCACGCGCUGGCCUCUGAAGUAGAUCCUCUGGUGGGAAGUAGUGAAGAACUAGGCGACUUGGAGCAGGGCUCGAGUGCUGUCGUGGAUCAGGAGGAAGAUCAUACGGUGCGUUUCGCGGAUACUGGGAUAUCUUCGGAGGAGCUGGAGUCUAUGCAAGUUGCUGGAGAGGCCUCAGGCAUUCCGCUCACACCAUUAAGAGUGCUGGCUUAGUAAGUAAUUAGUAGACAGGCAAUAUACUUCUAGUUAGUAAGCAGUUAAAGUUAGUAGCUUACCUUACAACAUUUAGAGUAAGCAGUUAAAAAUCUACCUCUAAAUAUAAAGUUAGUAGAAGGCAGGUAAUCUACCUCUAGAUGUAGUAUUUCUUCGUCUCAUGCGAGCUCUCUUGGAAGCAAGUCCAACACGCUUGAUGGCAUCGACUUUGUUUCCAGCAAUAAACAUCAAGAUCUCAACUCUGCUUCUCCAACAAUCUAUCCACAAGAUUUUUUUAUGAAGAGCCAAAAGUGGCUUGGUUUUUUUUUCGCUCUAAACGCAGGACGGAUCUACGCAACUACCCCGAUGCAGGUUUUGACGGGGGGAAGCGGAGGCCUACAACCUCCUCAGGAUGGAUUAUCAGCCUCGCUUUUUUUAUGCCCAGAUUCAUUUUAGUCAUCCCUGAGCCCCUCAUGCCUCUGUGUUUAUAUCAUUUUUUUCAGAGGAGCGAAACACUUGUUUUUGUUGCCUACCUUCGUCCCUCUGAAUUGAUAGUAAAUGAUGGGAUGCUCCUCGUCAGGUGUCUAUUUACAACCUCUAGAUCAUGUUAUUCGUUCAUCAUCUGAAGCACUAUUCUCUCCGCCCCAAUGCUUGCUAUGCUCAGAUUGAUUUUCUUAGUCACCUUUUAAUCUUCCCCCGGAGUGUGAAUCAGGUACAGAUACUAACUCCUGAGGAUUAUUCUAUUUUUUAUUUAAGGCAGCCUGGCUGUAUUUCAAGCUAGGUCUACUUCUCCACCACUUUUACUAAAGGCUAUACAACAACCUAUUUACCUCUAACCUUUGAUGAUGAUGGCAACAGCGACUUCCCUUUCACUCAAGAAAGUGACACAGUCGCUACAGAUGCAGAUGACCACGCUAAGGCAAGUUUUGUAGCGCUAGUUUCUGUAGUUGGUGUUUUUCGGUACAGUAGCUAAUGAGAGUACUACUUGUUUCUCUACUGUUAGGCGUUUCUCUGUACCGUAGUCUGUAAUGAGAAACGUUGACAACGACUCAAGAAACACUUCUUCUACAGCUUCUAGAAGGCUCGUUGCGCUUCUAGCUCUAGCACUGUUUUCUCUUUUCAAAGGAUACUCUUUAGAAGAAGAAGAUAAAGCUCUGGCACUGUCCAUUAAAAUAUUCACACUAUUUCUUAAGUACUACCAUUGAUAUUAAAGCUCUAAAAAACACAUUGACGGCGCUCUCAUUGUCGUUUCUCAAGACCCUGUUCUUGCGCCAGCUCCUCAACAAGGCUUGCUGGAUUUCAUUAUCCAUCAGUUUGAAGCAAUGAGUCACGUCCUGAACGGUGGAGAAGUUCCUGUCCUUAAGGUCACCAACGAUCAGAGCAUCCUUUCUCCAAAACGAUCAGAGGAUCCUUCCACCUCAGCAAGAUCCUUGGAGGACUCUUUUUCUGGUGCGGGAGCAUCCUUCCACCUCAGCAAGAUCCUUGGAGGACUCUUUUUCUGGUGCGGGUAUCUUCCGUGGACGGCGAAUAGUUUCCUAUCCCAUCGUCCGUUGUAGAUUGUAAGGAAUAAGUAAGUAACUUCUGUAGUCCUUCUACGGCUGCGAAAAUCUGCUGGAGUAUGCAGGUAAAACUGUGGACGGCAGAUCCCAUCCUAAUCCUAAUCCUAAGCGUCCUCCAAGGAGGAAGAUAGAUGACCAGCAGAGCACUCUCCCUCAGCGUCAUCCUCGGAAGAGGACUCGCUCGUUUUCUACUUCAAUUGUGAAUUUGAUGCGACAAGCGAGGUAGGUAGCAGUUCUAAUGAGGAGAAGGUUGUGGUGGGACCUGAUGGCGACCUGGUACCGCUGGGACCGCAUUUUGCUGCGGUCGCACCGCAUGAUACUGAUGCGCUUGUAGUUAAGGCUAUAAUUAUGUCCGGAUUUAUCACGAUGAAAUAGAUGACUAAUAUGUGUAUUGUAGUUAAGGCUAUAAUUAUGUACUCAUUUAUUACGAUGAAAUAGAUGACUAAUAUGUGUAUUGUAGUUAAGGCUAUAAUUAUGUCCUCAUUUAUUUAAUAUUACGAUGAAAUAGAUGACUAAGCAAGAUAUGUAUUGUUUGAUACGCUCACUCCGUCACAAGUGAGCCUACUCCUAUCCUAUCUUUGAUGAGGAUGAUGGAAACGAAGUAGACUGUUUAUUGAUUGUUGGAAACGACGUAGACUCUAUUCUUGGUACGAGCUUGUUCUGAUGGAAACGCAGACUGCAUUUUGUUGUAUACGGACACGACCAUAUCAUUGAUAAAGGCCCACAGCAUGAGAUCCAUGCACGAUAUCAGACUCAUACCGUUCUUUUUUACGUGCUGCUACUCGAUGCACUUGCUUCCAUUGUGGAACAUACAAGGACUCUUUCUCCCCUAUCCUUUUUGGUUGUAGAUCUAUCCUUCUUGGAGUUUAUUCAAGAAUAUUGAAAAAGCUCCAAGCAUAGGGACGAAACGGCUGAAGUCGAGAGCGAAAUGGGUCACCAUGAUGAUGAGUCUGAGACGGAUGAAGACGAGGGAGAGACGCGCUUAUGCCCUGAAGCUACGAACAAGAAAGCCGAUGAAGAUACGGACAGUGAGGGUCACCACCAGCAUGGUCAUGAACACGAGGACGACGACGAGCUAUGACAUUCAAUGAUCAGGAUAUUAGAAGCAACAUCAGGAUACCGAUUCUCUAUACUUACAAAAAUAAGAUAAGGAGUUAGAAGUAGCAAUAUAUAUAAGAAGAUUUAAGUCCUCGUCGUAAUUUAAGUAAGUAGUAAUUUAAGUAUAGGAGUAAAGCGAAAGUGCUUCUAGAUGUAGAUUUCGGCUUACCGUUAGAGUUGAUGAGGAUGACUACUUUUCUCGAGAUUUUGUAAGGAAGAUUUAGAAGGGAAUGACAACAAUUAGGGUACAACAACUCGUUGUGUUGAAGAUCAUGUAGAACUACAACCUGUGGUGCGUGUCACUUUUCUCUACUUUGACAUUUCUCUAACUCUGACCCAUGUGGAGAUGAAUGAAACUCAACUGGGGACUCUCGUGGGUGUGGCGAUCUUGCUUUGUUUCGCGUUUUCGUGCUGCUGCAUUGCAGGUAUCGGCUUUGUCCUCUUCCAACUCUAUCUUGCGUCCAAAUUUAAGAACAAAGCGAUACGAUUACUAGGAUAGUUGUUCGUGAUGAUGAGUAAGUACUACUCAAUCACGAAGCAGAGACUCGAAGUCGAAAGGGGAGAAUAUCACAGAGAAAUCCACGAACAACGAUGAUGGGCAUAUCUAUGUUCUUCUACAUCAAACUCUCUGUAAUAUUGUGGUUGUCUAUACCUGCUCUUAUGGCUCGUCUACUAUUUCUAACUGAGUACAACUCUUAACUACUAUUUCUAACGAAGCUCCUCCUUCUGGCUCAAGCAAUGCAGAUGCUAUGCGCCGCGUACCUGGAGUCAUCAGCGGAAAUGGGGCCGUCAGCACUGGAGGAGAUCUUAUGACCACUCCUGGUUAAGUAGUCAGUAUGACCACAGACCUCCACUGGAGAUAUCAGUCUAAUCAGUCAGUAGGCAAUUCUUAGGGGACACUGAUUUAGUUUCGGGUAGAUUGAGAGACCACUGGAGAUGAUAUUAGUCAGUGCUGCACUUACUUGUUUCUUUUCACGGUUGCUUUUAUUCAUAGUUUUACCUUCGUCAAGGACUUUUUUCUGUGCUUGUCGGUCAAGAAAGCUACGGUAAAGCUUCUCUUGUCGACAGAAGAGCCUCAAACGCUUUCUAAGAUUUCGGCAUCGGCUGCGAGUGGGGAGAGUGGUUUAUCGGUCGCUAACGAGAAUGACGCCGAUUCUUCUGAGACGAGCGAGCUAUUGGUAUGAGACUAUUUUGAUUUGUAGAUAUUACUAUGCUAUUGGUCGGUAUGCUAGCCAAUGAUAGACUCAAUGGAAUGGAAUACUACUACUUGUAACUAAGUACUUGGCGCGACUUGGAUUUCCUUUUUCUUUUCAUCCCAGAUGGACGACUUUGCAGCAGCCAAAGAGCAGGAUGACGCGGAUCAAGUGGAGGAAGAGAAGAGAGAAGGUACUUAUUAUCAUCUACAUUUUUUCCUUUUUCUUUGCUUUUUCUAGUUAGGUCUGCCCCACCACAAUUAUACUGGUUUCUGGUCGUCUGCAGAGAAAGCUAUCAGAGUAAGAGAGGGAAGGUGCCCAAACCUCCUUGCUUAUCCUGUUUUGUGGUCGAUAGUUAUCCGAAAGAAUCAAUGUUCGUCUGCAUGAGAAAAUCCAUCGAUUGAGGUGAAGAUAUUCCUCUUUCAAGAACAUGCACUUUCUACUAGUUCCGCAUCUUCAAACUCUCCCAAGAACUUCGUACACUCUGUAAGUAUUUGCAUACUACUACUCAUACUUACAAUAAAUGAGUGACUGAUAUGAAUGCCACUUCCACCAGGUCGUGCAUCCGUCAGAGAGUCUGCCAAGAAUGAUGAUUCGCAUCAUGGGGUUCGCAAAGCGCGUCCUUCGGCGUCUCGUGCAGGUGGAUCAGCAGCUCGCGGAUCGGCUAUGCUUAAGGCCGCGCAUUAGCUUUGUCUUUGUUUCACUUAAUGUGCUGGAUGUUCUUUUUUAUCGUAAGAUCAUUACAACUACUUUUUGAUUUGAUUGCUUCUUGAAGGAGUAUUUUACCGAAAGGUCCAAUCCGACUCGAGUAACAUCGUCACCAUUUGUAUCUUACCAUAAGGCCACCAUGAUCUUUUGGCAGAGUCUGUCCAGUAGAGUAGAUGAGUAGAGUACCUAGAGUGGAGAGACCUAGAGUGGAGAGACCUAGAGUGGAGUGGAUCCUAUCUUCUCCUGAGUCCCUCACUUCUAACUCUUGCGCAAGCGGCGGGAAGCGUGGUAGUGGAUACAAAUCGGGAUCCCUCUCGUUGGGGGAGGCGCGUGGCUCAGUCGCUGUACCCUUCGGGGCUUCCGACGCGGAGAAUUGAGAAUAGUUCUGAUUAGAGUCUAUUAUAAAGACUGGAAUAGAUACUAGGACAGUCUAUUAUAAAGACUGGAAUAGAUACUAGGAGAGUCUGGAAGAUGCUUCAAAAAUAGACCGAUGAUACUGAGCAUCAAGAAUUAUAUGUGGUAGAGACUAGCACUAAACCGAAAAUACAGACGAUGGACUAGAGUCGGUCUCUUGGACAUAUGUAGUGGUACAGGCUAGAAAGAAGCACUAGGUGGAGAGUGUUGUACUUAGAAAUUCCAACCAUAAUAUAGGAUUCUUGUACAGUAGUUGUGGUAGCAUGUUGAAAGAUGUUAGAACAUACGUGGUAAAGGGAUGGGAACAACAGUUCAACUGUUCUGUAUCCUGAUUGUAGAAGAACAAAGUUCAUGAUCUGGGCUACUGCAUGCAAAGACCAAAUAGAACCCGAAAGCAAGCGCUCAUAGUACUUGUUCAGAUGAAAAAGAGAGUUGAAAUCACCUACAGCCUCUCGCCACUGUACUUGUCGUAGAAGAACUACCGAUUAGAAAUUAUGCAUUGCCCAUUGACAGAAUCAUGCACACGUCUAUGAUACAAAGAAACGGCAACAUCUAUGGCAGCAUCCUGCACAACAUUAAAUCGGACCACAUCUUCGAUUGUAAUCCAUAAUCAAUCAACAACAUCACCUAUAGGAAGUUUCUCUACUACCGAGAUCAAGUACAGCCAUAGAUUCAUGAAUUGAUCCUCACACCGAUAGAGGGAUACCCAGAACAUCCAACACGGAUUCUUCACUAUGAAAAACGUAGACCCGCAAGCAUCUUUAGUUAUGAUUAUCAAAAAAUGUCCAGAAUGACUACGUACCCAUCCUACCUCAUGGUCAGGCCCCCUACAUUAUACCUCAAGCAUGUACAUACAGAGUUUUAUUCAAGAAAACGAUUAGCCAUCCUGUCCUGCAAAAAAAUUGCCCUUCAAUGAAAAGAAAGAUUACACCCAACCGAACCCACUCGACUAUUUCACAUUCUAACUUUCCCUGCUAUUCCAGAGACAAAGACAAACCGGCAAUAUUCACACACACGACACUGACAUAAACUCAUGAACUCAGCUGAUAUACACAGUUCCCAGAUCUGUCAUCACAUAUUUCAGACCUCCAAAAUUCCUUUACAUUUACGUGAUACUAAGAUCAUUCAAGGGUAAGAGGACUGGAGACAAGGACCAGAAGUACUUGAAAGUAAGUCGAU